AUUACCUUCCUGCAUUCCUUGUUUAUACAUGUUUGUUUUGGGCCUGUGUAUUUGCAGCUGACUAAAUAGUUAGGUUUUGCUUUUGUAGGUUUUGAUUGGUCAUAACAAAAACAGAAACUAUGGCUGAUGAAUUUGAUGUGGAGGCGAUGCUUGAAGCACCUUACAAAAACGAGGUAUUUUGACGAUACACGCUUUUAAAAUGAGUUUGAUUGAGCUGACAAUCAACCCCCAAACUUGGUUCUUUUGUCACGUUCAAGUUGUCAGCUGAGAUGUAGAACGAUAUGAGACUAUUGAUGUUCAUACUGUACUUGUAAGCUCAGGACUUAGAAAGUUAGGGUAAAUUGGUAAAAAGUAUGGAGCGAAAGCCCUUUUAACUUUGCUGACAAAUUGUCUUUGCUCAAAAUCUAGAAGUAUUUUUAUCUUGUUCAGGGCUAUUUUAGGAUUCACAGUUUCAGAUUAGAUCACUUUAGGAACGAAUAACUGCUAACAAGCUUUUGAAGGACACAAAUUUAUUGCACUGUACAUGUACAGCUAAUAGGGUGAGGCGGUUUUUCGGUAAACCGAAAAAACCUGAUAUUUUUUGAAAACCGAAAUACUCUAUGUUACUUUUGGAGAAAAACAGGGGCAAAAACGAGGAAAAUUCGUAUUUUUAAUAUCGAACCAUACUUAUACGAGUUUGUUGCAAAUGAAUCAAGUUUUGGCAUAUCAUUCUACAGUUUCGCACGAUCAAACGAUGGUGAAUUUUGAUUCGCCAGUAACAAAGGCGUACGUCUGCGAAGACAGGUCUAAAAUAUUUCUAUUGAAUACGGCAGGAUUUUCAAACAUAUUUUUUUAAAAAAACCGGUUCACUCAGGUUUUUUGUUGGUUUCCUUUUUUUUCAGAAACCGCCUCACGCUAACAAUAACAAGUCAAAUUGUAUGGCGUUAGACAGAGUAAAAUAAUAAAGUAGGGUGCAAUGCAAUUUAAUUGGUUACCAAAUUGCAAAUUGAUGUCGGAACAACUCAAAACUUAACGACUAUUAAGCUUGUUGAAAUCGAGCAUGAUGUGCAUCAAGCUUCUUGUUUGGCUUGAAAUUACGUACCUAAACCUAAAGCAUGUAAAAUCAUCAGAAAUGUUUAAAAUCUCACUACCGCCACAAACAUUUACUGUAGGUUGGGGCGGGCAGAAUAAAUUGUAGUCAUGAUCUCUCUAAGUCCUCUGUUGUUUUUUGUAGACAUUUGGUUUGUGGGUUCAACUACAACCUUGAAGAGGUAGACCAUCAAUGCACACAAAAACUUUUCUAAAAUUUCUAUCAAUUUGAACAAUUGUUUCUUGCAGGUUGAAAUCUCGACAACGAUGUUUCCUGAUUUUUACAAAAAGUGUGCACCCCUGCCUGUCCCUGUUGCUAUUAAAUAUCAUUAAAACCCCCUCGCCCAUAACUUAAUUCUAAAUUACCUUGUAGUAUUUACAAUAGCAUGGACUUUCAUGUUCCGUAGAAUUAAAAGUUAAAACCUUUUGUUCUUAACUGUUUUUAAAGACGUUUCAACUCAUUUCACUUCUUUCGGGAUGUGCUGGAUAUUUGAUAUAUUUUACUGGAUAGUACUGGUCGAACUUUUAUUAUAAUCAUAAAACCGUCCGUUUUGCAUUAAGGUAUUGUGAAACACAAACAACUAGGCCAAAGAACCUGUGACACUGACAUUAAAAUGAAAUUACAGUUAAGUUUUUUGUGAUGUAAACUGAUUUGUUUAACCCAAGAUUUGAUGCGAUUUAAGGCGAGUUAAGAUCCCAGAGUAGGCCUAUUGUCUGACAAUCCUUGUCCCACAUAUUGAACAGGCAAUGGACUAUUUUAUGAUAAAAAGUUAGUGUCCGGUAGUCUACUAUCCAGUACCAUCCGGCAAAGCAGUAUCCGGCAUAUCCCUAAAGGUUUGGUAUUUUCAUUGGGUUAAUCAAAGUCUUUGUUUUAAUUUAGGUAUUCAAAUGAGUACCGUAGUGCAAAGAUGAUACCUAAAUCCUAAUGGCCGAUGGUCUCGCUAAACCUUGUAGCUUUCUAUUCCACGCAUGUUUGUAAUUAUGUUUUCUUUUUUAGAGCACCGCGAAUGGCAAGUCCAAGAAAUAUGAUUCCGACGAAGACGACAGGAAAAGCAAACGGUAAGAUUUGAUGAAUUUGGAAGCAAAUGAAGAGAAUAUUCUGAAUGGUAAUAUCACUGUAACAAGAUUUUGCAUAAAUCGUUCACUUUGGAAGCAACAUUUAUUGGCGUUAUGCAUUGCAUUGGAUUAAUGUCGUAGGUAUUUCUGGCAUGUAGGAGUAUAUUCUAUUUAUCUGCAUCGGGUGCAUGCUCGUAUUGCAAAGGCUGAUAUCCUGCUGUUUCAAGAUGUUUUCAACAAAAGAAUUUUCCUUUUCACCGCUGGAUAAGCCGAUCAUCGUCCGGUGUUCAAGUACCAUGAGGACAAAAUUGAACGAAUAAAUGUAGUGCUCAGAAUGUAGGAAAUGGCAUUUCAAAAAGAUUCCGGGGAGAAUCCCAAAUCGCAGUAGCAAUGCAUCCCCCUGGAAAACCUCCACCCCCCUGUCAUAAAACAGUACCGUGUAUCUUUUAUAACUCAAUGAAUAUUUAGGUUAGAUAAAUAUUCUGUUGGCAAAGGAUUUUAGCUCCAUAUCUGAGCACCUAUUUCUUCUUUCACCCUAGGUAAAACAAAAAUUUUUAGAAUCCUACCAGUGAUGUUUGGAACUCUUGUGUCCGCCAUUUACCACAUCCAAGCAACGCCCAAAUGUUUUUAGUUACCAUACUGUAUAUGUGACUGUGUGUGCAAAUUCUUAAUGUCUUCAUUGACAACAAACUUUUUUGCUGUAGUAAAGAUCUUAAUGGCCGUGUGUUGUUACUAAUUAGUAACAUUAAUUGACUAUAUAUAAGAAUAGAUCAUUGACGCUUUUAACAUAAACCAGAAAACCCACUGAGCACCAGGGCUUCUCCUUGAUGAGCAAAAUCGUCUGGCGUUAGACAGAGUGAACAGUAACAAGAUAGCGCAUCAGCGCGCAAUGCAACUGAAUGUGUUAACCAGGGGUGGAUCUACCGUAGGGGUUCAGGGGCGGUGCGCACUCCACCUAGUGGUCCUAGAAAAUAUCUGCUUGACCGUACAUUUUCUGCUUUUUGAAUAGCGAUUAGCGGGACUUCUAUUUUUGCGUGUCGAUUUCUUGAAACGAUUGAAUUGAUUUGUGAGCUCACGAGAAAAUAAAGAAUGCUUUAGUUAAAUAUCAUGGUUAAAUAUGUUAACAUGUCGAAGUUGUUCUACAGCCAUAUUUCACUUACUCUACUUUAACAAGCAAAUUUACUGUACUGUGAUACAGCAACUGUCCAGUCACGCAUAAAAAGCCGAUAUAAAGUUUAUAAACAAAAGAUAAUGUAAAACGUAACAGAACGGUGAACAUGCAGAUUCGACCAUCUCAAAUAAUGGAAAUGCUGAGAUAGUAGCGUUGCAGACUGCAGAGGAGAGUGGGCAGUAAGGCUCCCUCAUGCACCACCCCAUGGAGAACCUGCACCCUUCCUUGCAUUCUUGCAAUUGAGGCUAGAUCCGCUCCUGGGGUUAACCGUAUAAUACCAAUGAGAACUAUAAUAAACUGUAGAAUAAUUAUAAUUAUAUUGAUUUAACUGCAUUGGCAAUACAACCAUCGAUAAAUAAAUAGUUCCAUUACGAAAUUUUGAAAUCGAGUUGCGCUAAAGGUAUUUGAAAGAUUUUUUCUGCCCUUCAUUUGGUUGAAACUAAACAUUGCAUGGUGUGAUGGAUAAUCCAGGACCAAGUGACGAUAUAUACAGUAUAUAUACAAUUUUUUUCCCCAAAAUUUUACUGAAGUUAUUUUUAAUUUUGGUUCUAAUACAAACUUGUGUGUGCAGUAUUUUUGAUAAUUUUCUUUCUUGAGUAGAUGAGUUCAAUCAAUCGAAUAAUUUACAAUUUUACCAAGCUUCAUAUUUUAUAACUGAUACAUGGCUGUCGUUGGUUAAAUUUGUCUGUAUUAUAAAAGUAAAAAAGAAGUAUUGAAAAUGUUGAAAACUUUGAAAUAUUUUUCAUGACGUUACACAACAAUAUAAAGACAUGGUAUUUUCAAGAAUUUGAAAGUAAUCGCGUUUCUUCUUGUUUUAAACAGAUACAUGUGUAAAUUCGAUCGUGGUAUAAAGGUAAUGGCUAAUGCGUCAUAUAGGCAUGACAAGGCCACUGGAAGACAUCGAAGGAUUGGCUUGUUCCCUAGCCUGAAUUUCGUACCUUAGCUUGCGCGCGUGCUUCAAUUUUUAGUGCAGCAAAAAGAUUCUUCUGCGUUGUAGAGGAAACUAAAUAACUUGAAAAACUCUAACCAACUGAGCUACAGAGAGACAGUUGUCGAGCUCUAACCAACUGAGCUACAGAGAGACAGUUGUCGAGCUCUAACCAACUGUGCUACAGAGAGACAGUUGUCGAGCUCUAAUCAACUGAGCUAUACAGAGAGACAGUUGUCAAGCUCUAACCAACUGAGCUACAGAGAGACAGUUGUCGAGCUCUAACCACAAGUUCGUGUAUAAAUAAAUUUUUAAAAAUCUUGUUUCUGUCAGCCUUUGGGCCGCAGUGAUUGGCUUCUGCUAGAGCGGUCACCUUGUAAUUUUAAAACGAAGUUAAAACAGUAUUUUGUGUAUCAUAGUCAUACUGUUAAAGUCCACGGUGAGUCCGUUGAAGAUUUGGGCGAAGCUAAAAGCUACCAGUGAUUACUGGAAUUAUUCUGCAGUUGUUCCAGUGUAUUUAACUUUUGCGUUUUCUUCUAUUUUAGAUCUCGAAGGAGACGAAGCAGGAGCCGCAGUAAGAGUCGAAGUAGAAGCGGAGAUAGAAGACGAAAGCGCAGGUCAGUUGAAUGGAAUACCAGGAUUUUGGACAUAGAACAUGGUGCUAGCCGGUUGAACAUAGAACAGGGCAUACCUGUAGAUUUUAUUAUUGUGGAGGUAGCCAAUCUUUAAAUGGAGCUAGGCUAUGCCACAUUCUCGUACCCAGAGCCCGCCUUACACACGAUCAACAGAGCAUGACAAGGACGCGGUGUACGAGCCUCUGAACGAGAACAAAAUGCCAAGUGUGUCAAUGUCAUGUUUAUGCGCAUAUCCUGGGUAUUUCAGUCUUAUUUAAUACAGUGGAAUAUAGAAGUGCAUUCUGAGAGUUCUUGCAGUUAUUCCAGUUAGUCAGUAACUCCUGGCUUAGAUAACAAGCUCCAAAUGAUUUUUGGAGUUGGCAACACAGCAAGUAACUUCAACCUUACAUGUAUGUACUGUACCUAGCGGCUAUAUAGGCUGACUCGCCUCGCUAUACACAUAUUUUUGGAGUUAGGCAGUAACUCAUGGCUUAGAUACCUUGUUUUUUCAUGAUUUUUGGAGUUAUACGUAGCUCCAAAUGAUUAUUGGAGUUAGCCGGUAACUCCAGGCUUAGAUGCCUAGCUCCUAAAUUAUUUUUGCAGUUGUAUACUUAUAUAGCUCCAAAUCAUUUUUGGAGUUAGCCAGUAACUCCAGAAUUCAUAUUUCAACUCUUGAAUUACACAAGUUACUCAAGUGUAUAUUUUGGUUUGGAGUUAGCCCUUUAGAGCUUGGAGGUAGCGUCGCUCCAUAACUUCCUACUUUCUACAGGCAUGGAACAGGGUGCUAGCCAGGGGCGGGUUGUUCAAAGCCAGAUUAGCGCUAACCUGGGUUAAAUUCCAACCAGUUGUUUUUGUUUAUGUACUUCUGCAUGAUCAUUUGUUUCAAAACUUUAGAAAAUGAAAUCUCUAUUGAGCCAGAAAAGAUUUCUGGAAAAACAUAUUCAACUUGAUUGAUGAGCUGUUGGAAAAUUUAAUGUAUAGAUUUGUUUUAACCCAGGGUUAGGCUAACUGGCUUUUGAUUUUUGAACAACCGGCCCCAGAAGAUUAAAAAAUUCGGCAAUGGGUGAUUGAGUGACUGAUUCCAGGCUAUAGAGGAAAUUUUGAUCUAGGCAAGAAGAACGAAAUCCAACACCACAGCUAGAAAGAGCAUCUUAGAAUGAGUAAAACUGCAAAGAUUGGUUGCUAAAUGUUGUAAAAUGAAGAAAAUGUAGCCCGUGAAGUUCGCAAAUUUUGUGUAUGUUUGUAUUACGCGCGGUAAAAAUAACCACUUUCGGCUCGAAAAUGGUUAUUUUCCCCGCGCGUAACGCAAAUAUAUACAAAAUUUGGGAACUUCACAGGGCUAUAUUUUCUUCAUUUUACAACAAUUCGCAACCAAACUUUGCAAUUUUACUCAUUUUAAUUAAGAUGCUCGUUCCAGUUAUGGUAAUGGUUUCGUUCAUCUUGUCUAGAUCAUAAUUUCGUCUAUAUAGCUGGGAAUUUCAGUUAGCCUGCGACACUCAGACCGGAGUUAAGGAAUAUCGUGUUUCUUAAGUGACGUUCUCGUACCGCCAGCUGAGCUAAAUUGAAACUUUUGAAGUGCAAGUCACCUGACAUUGUAACCUAAUAAAAAUUAAUACUACCACAAUGCUCAACACCUCCGAUCUCGUCAUUUCUAGAUCUCGAAGCAAUGAACGGCGUCGAAGACGGAGUCGUAGCGGCGAACGAAAGAACAACGAGCGACGUCGUGGCAGUCCAGACAGACGUCGGAGUGGCAGUCCUAGGAGAAGACCAAGUAGGAACGAUGAGAGGAGAGAGAGAAGACGAAGAUCUAGGAGUGGCAGUAAUGAUAGGUGUGUGUGUGUUGCGUAUAAUAAAAUAACUUUAUGUACCGGGUGUCCCAAAAAAAUUGGACACCGUUUGAUUUCAUGCAACGUAAAAGCUAUAAAGGAUAUCGCAAUGAAAUUUAGAUCAUUGCAUUCAGAAAGGACUAACUUAGAUUUUGAUAUAUAGCACUUGAAUUUACAUGCAAUAUUGACGUACUGUAAAGGCCAUUGGUAAAGGCCAUUGCAAUACCGAUCCACUGUUAGUGCCGGAGGAAAUCUAAAGAAAACUAAUGCCCCAGUCAAGCGAGAACAAGAGUUGCAUGAAAGUUGAUUGGAUAUUACCGCUAUGAGAAUCAACUUCCAUUCUCGCUUUGACCGAGGCUUAUGUAACUCAAUUUCGUCCAUUAUUUUUCUAGUGGUCAUUGGCAAGUGUUGCCUCGUGAUGAGUCCAUCUCUGCAGAAGAACGAGAUCGUCGUACUGUGUUUUGUAUGCAACUAGCGAGGAAUAUAAGACCACAUGAUCUAGAGGAGUUCUUCUCCAAAGUUGGACAGGUAUGGUACAUGUAAAUGAUAUAACUUACUCGAGAAAGUCGAUGAACUAAAUAUUUUAGGGGAAAAAGCAUCGUUAUUGUCUAAUUUUCCAUUGAUGUAUAUCAUCUUUCAGGUACGAGAUGUCAGAAUCAUUUCUGAUCGAAAUUCACGAAGAUCAAAAGGCAUUGCUUACGUUGAAUUUACAGAUGCGUCUGCUGUUCCACUGGUAAGUAACGGAAAGGGGGUAACUAUGUAAUUGUAAGGAGUUGGAAUAUUCCAUUGCAUCUCAGACUAAGAACCCAAAAUAUUUCAAUUUUUCGACCGCCUGAUUGUGACUUUUCUGCGCCGUUUAUAAAAUCGCUCCGGUGUACGUGGUCUCAAUCUAUAGCCCUGGGCAAACUAGGAAACGUUGCGGAAACAUUGUUUCCUACCAAUGUUUCGCUAUGUUUCCCAGAGUGGGCAAACACUAGGAAACAUUAGUGAGAAACAUAGGGAAACAUCAAAUGUUUCUGAAUUCGCUAAGAAACAAUUUUUGCUUCUCGGGAAGCAAAUUUUGUUUCCGCAACAAUGUUUCCACGGGUGGGCAAAAAGGGAAACAUUGGAGGAAACAUCGAGAAUCACAAAUGUUUCCACAACAAUGUUUCCUAGUUUGCCCAGGGCUUAUCUAAAAUUGUCUCGUUUUCCAGGCGAUCAAACUGACUGGUCAGAAACUACUCAGUGCGCCGAUCAUCGUUCAGGAAACACAAGCAGAGAAGAACAGAUUGGCAGCAGAAGCGGAGAAGCUAAAGCGACCUAUAGGUCCAACACGUAUCUACGUCGGGUCUCUUCAUUUCAACAUCACAGAGCAGAUGAUCAAAGCGAUCUUUGAACCGUUUGGUAUCAUCGAUACAGUACAGAUGAUUCAUGACUCGGAGUCGGGCAGAUCAAAGGGAUAUUGUUUCAUACAGUUCCGAGACCCGGACAGUGCCAAGAGAGCGAUGGAACAGAUGAACGGUUUUGAGUUGGCUGGAAGACCGAUUAAGGUAAUGUUUGCAAGGUCUUAGCUAGGAUUUCAUAUUGUGGGAGUGCUUUUGGAAUUCCAGAGAGUGUUGUUUAGUUCAGGGAGAGGGCAUGAGUGAACUGUUAGAACCCGUUUGAGCGUUUUAAUAUCGAGGGGGAAAUAAUAGGUUAUUGAGAAGCGUGUAUUGGAAAUGUGACGCUAGCGAACUAUUGUAGAAUUAUUCUCGAGUAUUUUUACGCUUUCCGAAAGUCUCGCAACAUCACUCGUGCAUGAAUCACGCAAUCCUGUACGGAAAAACCAUUCGGUAUUCCUUUUAUCGUGUUAAAUUUGGAUUUACUAUUGUCAUAAUAUUUACACAGGUAGCGUAACUCGCCAAGGCGAUUUUCAGUAGUGCCCUGGAUUAGCUUUGUUUAUCAUGGUUCAUGCAUUUCAUUUAAUAUGUUUUCUACGUGAUUAAUACCAAUGAAGUCAUGAAUCUACUAUUAUGUAACUUAACCCACCCGGUAGAGAAUCUGAAUACCCGCAGAAAAUUCACGACUUUCGGCAGAGCCAUGACGGACUUUUUUCGCAUUAAGGUCUUGAGUCGCAGAAUCGCACCAACGAUCUCAUUAAAGGCGGUCACUUCGUUGCUCUGACGUCAAAUUGUGCCACUGAAGCUCUUUAUAAAAUUUAUGAAACUUUUUAACAUCUAAAUACUUAGGUUGGUCCGGUGACAGAGCGAAGUGAUUCUGGUGGUAUGUCAUUCCUGGAUGAUGAAGAAUACGAGAAAGGUGGCAUUGAGAUGAAUGCCGCGGCCAGAGCUGCUCUCAUGCAGAAAUUAUCACAAACACACUCUGCAGGUAUGCAGCAUUACCGCGUUACCUGCAAAUGAGUAGAGACCUUACGAUUUUAGGACGGCAACACGACGACGACGGCCAAAACAAAUUCCUUCAAAUCUGUGAUUUGGCGUUGCAAACAGAGCGAAGGAUAAUGUCUAAUUAUUCAUAUAUUGUAAUUUUUCAAUUCUUUUCAAUGAUUUAUUGUAUUGGUAGCCGUUGCUGUCGCGUUGCCGUCCUAAAUCAUAAGGUCUCUACUAGAGCUAACUGCAAACUGGGUCAGAAGGUCUUGUACACGCUAGUAUGGAAGAAAAACAUUUUCCUAGGAUCUUUUUUACAAUAUUUACCGACCAGAUUUAGUGUCUCUUUUCUAUUUUCAAACGUCGUGUAGUUUCACUAUUUUCCUGUUCUAUGACUACUGUAAAUUUAUUUAUCAAAUCUCAAGCUGUCAAGUUCCGAGUUAUAUUUCCUAUUGCCAAAAUGUACUUAUGCCCAAUUAUUCAAAAUUCUCUAAUAUAAGCGUGGAAUGGAACGACGGUAUUAAGACCCAUUUCCACUCGGGAAAAUUUCCCGCAGAAUGAAAAUUUUGUAAAAUGUGAUUGGCCGACACAAAUUUUCUGUCGGAAAAAAAUUUGAAGUUGAAAAUUUUCAACUUUUAACAAUAUUUUCUGAACAUUUUUUGUCCAUGCAAAUGGGCCUUAACCAAGCAUUUAGACUUAAACAUGUUUUAGGUGAUUAUAGUCAAACCCAAAUCACAUUUUUCUGGUAACACAAAUGCCUUAAAGGGCCAUUUCCGCUUAAGAAAAAUUUCCACGGACAGAAAUUUUCCGAAAAUAUCAUUGUUAAAAGUUGAAAAUUUUCAACUUCAAAAUUUUUUUCCGACGGAAAAUUUGUGUCGGCCAAUCACAUUUUACAAAAUUUUCUUUCUGCGGAAAAUUUUCCUGAGUAGAAAUCGAGACCUUUAAGGUACCACUGUUCUGAUAUCGUUAGUAUAGCUCCCAUAUUUCUCAUAUAAAUUAUGUAUUAUGUACUAACUGUCGUUUGUUUUUUAGGUCUGUCAGUACCAGGCGCUCCCCCCGCCAACCCAGCCGUGUCAAUCUUACACACACCUGUCAACAUCCCUCUACCUACGCCAUGCUUAAUGAUCAGCAAUAUGUUUGAUCCCACAAAGUAAGUAUUCUAACAUCAUAAUCCAUCAAAAUGCAACCAGGGCUGCUCUCUUGCACGCUACAAUUUCCACCAAGGGUGAUAAACAUAAUUUACUUUCCGGGACCAAAAGAGGUUCAUUGGGAAAUUUUCUGUGAAUAGUCGAGUACAAUCGACACUCGGACACUAUAACUGUGUAACACUAACAAGUUGUCAAACUGUCAUGCUACUGUAUAUUCUAAUAGAAAAAAAUUUCUGUACACUAUAACACUAAGAAUCUUAAUAGUACUUUUAGGAAUAUAAUAUAAAACUAAUUUAGAUAACAUGCAUCAGGGGUAAAUUUACAUCCCAAGGUAAAUUUACAAAUGCCAAAAAAGGGUACUACUGGGGAGCACUAUAAUAGGGGGAUCUGGGGGGCAUGCUCCCCCAGAACAUUUUGCCAUACAACAUUUGUUACAUCAUUCUAUAGUCUAUACACUAUUGCACUAUUAAGAUGGAUGUACUUAUAAUUGCAUUUCUGAGCUCAUAACUACAGUACAGGUAACAUUCUUUCUGUUGCUUAGAAUUUUCCUCUGCAUAUCUAAAUUUUUACAAUUGUCUUUUUUGCUCUCUUGGGGAAAUAUUUUCUGGGUACUCAUUACUCAAAAACGUUUCUGGGACCAAUGGUGCCAUGGUCCGAUACUUAUUCCACCCCUGAUUUCUACAUGUAUACUUGGAUUUGACUAGACUUGCAACAUUUAUUUCCUAGACCCUAAAUAUUUCUUUCUGCCAUAACAGGGAAAAAGAUCAUGAUUGGCAUUUAGACAUUCAAGAUGAUGUUUUAGACGAACUCUCUAAGUUUGGAGGCAUCAUUCAUAUUCAUGUGGAUCAGACUUCGGUACAGGUGGGUUAAGACAUUUGUUAUGUGGUUCUCCUAUAUUCUUCCUCUGUUUCCUAGCUCAGCCAUUUGCGUGGACCAAUGCUAAUAUGAUAGAAG